AUGGCCCCUAAGAGCAAAAAGCCGAAACCCGCUGUGACUCCAAAAGAGACUGGAGAUGCUACUAACAAGAAAACUCUCUUCUCCAACCCCCGAGAUGCCCUGGGGUCUUACAUCGAGCGGCCAGAAUCCUACCCCUCGUCGGUAGUGGUCUACUACAACGACGACUUCGUCGCGAUUCACGAUCUAUACCCUAAAUCGUCACUGCAUCUACUCUUACUUCCCCGCGACCCGUCCAAGUUCUACGAGCACCCGUUUGAUGCCUUUGAGGAUGUCGAAUUUCUGCACAAGGUCCAGAAUGAGGUGAAAAAGCUACGUGCAUUAGCGGCUCGCGAAUUACAAAGACGAUAUGGGAAAUACUCGUCGCAGGAAAGUGCACGCCGAGAAGCCAUGGAACAAGAUCCGCCGGUUGAUGAAUUACCCCCAGGGAGAGACUGGGAGAAAGAGAUCAUGACGGGGAUUCAUGCACAUCCUUCCAUGAACCAUUUACACAUCCAUGUCAUGUCUGUUGACCGUUUUGCAACGCCAUUCUUUGUUGAGAUUGACGACUUCCCGUUGGCCCAGGAUGACAAACGGCGUCAUCCGGGUAGAGAGGGUUAUUUGAAAGAGGAUUUUAAGUGCUGGCGAUGUUCACGCAACUUUGGGAACAAGUUCCAGGAGCUCAAAAAGCAUUUAGAGAAAGAAUACGAAGCAUGGAAAAGGUUGUAG